CCGAGAUGAAAUAUUGAAAUACAAAAAAAAAUGGUAUUAAAAAAUAUUUGAAAUUACUAUGAAAGCUUGUUUUACUUAUACAAGAGUGGAUAAAAAGUAAAUAAAAAGGAUAUUUUUAAAUAUUUAAACGAAGAUAAAUUUAGAUAUACGUAAUAUAGUUUGUACUAUAAGUGAAACACACACGUGUAUGAGGUGUUGUCAAGCGAAAGGGGUAACUCUGUGAUAAAUUAUAAUUAUGUAAUAAUCAAUUAAUUACCAUUUAUUAUAUUAUAUUGAAAAUAAUACAAAAAAACAAUUGAAUUUAUUAAUUCCAAUGGAAUAUCCACGUGCAAUUUAUUUAAUAAUUUGCACUGAAUUUUGCGAAAGAUUUUCCUUUUGUGGACUCCGAACAAUUCUUUCACUAUAUCUUCGUAAUGUUUUAUUAUUUCCUGAAAACGAAUCAACAGUGAUUUAUCAUAUUUUUAUAAUGUUUUGUUAUUUGAUUCCUGUAUUGGGAGCAAUACUUGCAGACAGUUAUUUAGGACGAUUCAGAACAAUUUUUUAUUUUUCCAUUAUUUAUGCAAUUGGAAGUGUUCUCAUGUGUUUUGCUGCAAUUCCACCUGUUGCUUUUUGGCCAAAAGGCAUGAUAUUUUUUGGAUUAUUUUUAAUUGCUUGUGGAACUGGAGGAAUAAAACCUUGUGUAGCAGCAUUUGGAGGUGAUCAAUUUCACUUGCCAUUGCAAGAAAAAUAUCUCCAACAAUUUUUUUCCAUUUUUUAUUUUACCAUUAACUUUGGAGGACUCGUUGGAAUGAUUUUAAUUCCGUUCUUAAGAAAAUCUGUUAAUUGCUUCGAUGACGAUACAUGCUAUGCGCUUGGUUUCGGAUUUCCCGCAGCAUUAAUGAUAAUUUCAUUAAUAUUAUUUCUAAUUGGAAAACCUCUUUAUCGUCUCAAAUAUCCUAAAGAAAAUAUAAUACUCAGUUUUUUGCGUUGCAUAAUUUAUUCUGUACGAAAAUUAUGUCAAAAUAAUAAUUCGGAAAUUCAAAAACACUGGUUGGAUAAUUCUCAGAAAAAAUUUUCUCCAAAAUUAAUAUCUGAUAUAAAAAUAGUACUUGCAGUAUUAUAUUUGUAUAUUCCUUUGCCUCUAUUUUGGAGUCUUUUUGAUCAACAGGGAUCACGUUGGACAUUUCAAGCAUCAAGAAUGAAUGGUUACAUUUGGAAUGUACAAAUUUUACCAGAUCAACUACAGGUUAUAAAUCCAGCCCUAGUGCUAUGUUUGAUUCCGAUAUUUGACAAAGGCAUAUAUCCGAUUUUCAAUAAAUUAUGUAGACUAAAUUCUGCCUUAAAUCGUAUGAUUAUUGGCGGAAUAUUUGCUGGAUUUGCAUUUAUUACCAGCGGCUUUUUGGAAUUACAAUUAGAAAAAUCCUAUCCAAUUUUGCCAAGAAAUGGAGAAGCGACAUUGAAUUUUAUUAACACAUUGAACUGUGAUGUUGAAAUUCGAUCAACAUUCCAUUCAAAUUAUAUUUUGAACGAAGCAGAUUCGAUAGAACUGUCUUCCGGUGGAGUUUAUAUUCUGGUGAUUAGAAUACAUCAAAGUCAAGUGGCAUUUCAGAAACUUUUCACAAUGACUCAACCAAACGAAAUUCACAUUCUUUGGCUUUUUCCUCAAUAUAUUUUAAUUUCAAUAGCAGAAAUUUUAUUUGCCAUUUCUGGAUUAGAAUUUUCAUUUACACAAGCACCAAAAAGUAUGAGGACUAUAACAAUUGCUGCUUGGUAUUUGAGUGUUGCCAUUGGUAAUUUAUUGGUGAUAAUUAUAAUUCAAUCACAAUUUUUCAACAGCCAAGCGAAUGAAUUUUUUCUAUUUGCCGGAUUAAUAUUGCUUAAUAUGAUAAUUUUUGCCAUUAUGACAAGACAAUAUAAAUUUGUAUUAUUGGAAGCUGAUUCAAGUAAUGAUCCAUUGUUUUUCAAGAAUAAAAAAAAUGAAAGGGAUCUUGAACCAUUGAUAAAAAUUCCAAAUUCUCAUACUUCUUUGAUAGCUAAUUCAAAUUAAUAUCCGUAUAUUAUAUAAAUAAAUUAAUAAAUUAAUUGAUUAAUA